AUGAAGGAGGUGAACCAUCAUUUUGUGGAACUCAGUGCUAUUUCCGCCUUCUUGGCAUGGAGCUACUUCGUAAUCCACCUCAUGCGGUUUGACACUGUGGGCAUCUUCGUCGUCAUGUUUUUCCAAGUGGCAAAAACUGUGGGAAAGAGCGCCCUCGUGGUCAUUCUGGUGAUGAUCUCCUGUGCAGUACCCUUCUAUGUCCUCUUCAGGAUUCCUGACGCCGAGGAAUUCUUCAGUCUGCCGCAGGCAGAACAGACGGCGUUAAAGGACUGUUUUCCUACCUAUCGCUUCCUUCACCUGUUCAAGUCGAAUUUUACAACUGCACAGCCUAUGAGCACCACUAUGCAAGCCUUCCAAAACCCACAACUGACACUUCUUAAUGUCCUCUCCAUGUCACUGGGCGACUUCAAUUUCGUUGAUACAAUUAUCAACCCACUGACAGACGACUACCAGAUCACUCUGCACUUUCCUGAAGUCACCCUUAUCAUGUUCAUCGCCUUCCUCCUCUGCUCACCAAUGAUCCUUACCAAUCUUCUGGAGACAUCUGACAAACACGUUUCCGAUAGGUCCCUGUCAGACAUCUACGGCUAG